AUGGAAGACUUAGACCUCAUUGCUCGCGUCUACGCUGUUGCACAUCAUACACAGUCCGCUACCGAGGCCAUUAUGAACAGCAUUCACUAUGUCAGCCCCGUUGAAGCGCCGCCGCCGGACGAAACGGAGUACAAUUCUCGGGAGCCGACUCCGACACCAGAUCCAAGGAAGUCUGACAAAACGCCACCUCCUGAAGACCCUUUCCUCGAGCUGCGAUUUAGUAAAGUCCCGAGGUCGUCCCACGGUUUCCUAUUUGGGCGUCACCCUAACUGUGACGUGGUCCUACCAAAUAGGACCGGUUUCAGCCAUUACCAGUGCAGUAUCACCUUCGAUGCGGAGGGACGGCUCAUUGUUAAGGACCUGCAGUCGACAUUGGGGACCAUCGUCAAAUACAACGAUAAAGCAAAUUCCCGCCGCAGUGGCUUUCGCUGGAUAAUUAGCGGCUGCAAAACUGCGCUUCACGACAAGGUCAUUGUGAUUGAGAUCGAUGAUACAGUCUGCUUCCGCAUCGUUGUUCCUCAACACAGCAUCGAAUCGCCGGUCUAUGUCUCCAAAGUCGACCGCUGGUGCGCUGGUCAACAGACAACGCAAGACCUGUUCCAGGCCAUUGACCUGAGGAUUCGUCCCGAUACCCAGUGUCCCACCGGUGCCCACACACCUUGCACCGACCCCAUCUUUCUCUCCGAAGAGGUUGGUAAAGGAGGACAUGGCGUCGUAACGUAUCAAUGGAACGUCAGUGACGGAUUUGAAUUCGUUGUCAAGGAACCGCUUCGUCCCCGCCACUUCAACAAAGAAGCAUGGAAGAACGAAGCCCGCAUCAUGAACUUGAUCUCGGGCCGUUCACCGUAUAUCGUCACAUUCUUUGGCGCAAACUUUGAGCCGUUUCCUCGAAUUGCCCUGGAGUAUCUUCCCGGUGGCUCUUUGGAAGAUAAGAGCGGGUUUUCUACAAAGGAGCGCGGAAUGAUUCUCAGCCAAUGCCUUGAAGGGUUGUCAUUCUUGCAUGAGCACAACCCCGUCAUUGUACACCGAGACAUCAAGCCUGGCAAUAUUCUCAUUAAAAGCCGCGACGAACAUGGUAUCCAAGUCAAGCUCGGCGACUUUGGCCUAUCCAAAGACCAUGAUAUCAUGUCCACCAUGUGCGGCACCCACGGCUAUCUUGCACCCGAGGUUUACAAGAAUAACCAGUAUUCCAAGACUGGUGGGCUUGAAGAGCGAAGCUACACGGCAGCUGUGGACAUUUGGUCUCUUGGAGUUGUCUUGUGUGGCUUGGAGUGGCCUCUCCCCGAAUGGGACAGAAAGUACGAAGGCCUUGGCAUGUACUGGGGUGAGCUGGUCCGGGAAACGUUCCUGGGAGCCCUUGACCAAAAAUUCGAUGCGCUCGGAGAGUUUGUACUGAACAAGAUGUUGUCUGUGCAACCUAACCUGCGACCUGGGGCUGGCCAAUGUCUAGAGGAGGUAUCGCUCGUGAUUCAGAACGACACUGCGGCCCUCCCCUUCACGGGAUCCGGGUCAUCGAAGCAGACAACCAGUCGGCAUGCCUCUUGUGGUGGUCUUCUCACUGUUGUGCCGGGGCAAACGCUACUUGACACAGACUGGACUCCGAGCACGGCGCUUGAGAGGGCGGCAGGCAAUCCCGGACGAACCCCCAACGCCCAUCCACAGCGCGCUGCCCGGCGUAGGGUGGAUAGAGUGUCUCAUAUCAGCAUACGGGACCUCUUCUUCGACAAAGCCGGGCUGGUACGCAUGAUUGUCAAUCGACAAGAGGUAUCCAUGAGAAUGCCGGGCUUCCAAAUAAGUGCCUCUGAACUCUUCCGCGUGGUUCAACUGGACAAAACUUACAGGGACAACUUUGUUCGAAAAUUGAAACAGCGCCAGGCCAUUGAGUGGGAAGCCUCCAAGAGACAGAGCUGGGUGAACUUUCGAGAGGGUGUGUUUCUCUGCCAAGCGCUGGGUAUUGAGGGGGAGCUCUACCCCUUGCUUUCGCUCCCUGGUCUCGAUUUUCCACCGCGAGAACGGAACUACCUGCUCAAUGACACCGAUGGCUUCAAGGUCCUGCAAUGGAACGGCAACGAUAUCCCGUACAAGCCUGGUGAGCGGAUUGUGGGCAUCACGGCGCUUUCCAAGCUCGUCAACGGAGCGCGGAAUAGAGUGCGUCAAUUUCUUCGGGCAAGACCCGAAAUCAAGAGAACGACAGUCCGCAGAGGUGCUGUAAUUUUCUAUGGCACAUAUGUCUCUUACGAAGAUGCCAUGACUGUUUGCAGCCGUUUCAACCUCGACGCGGCGCCAGUGGAGCACUUGAUGAAUUCGCCGUCUCCAGAGCAAGUGCCCUCAGGAGCAGUGCCGUCUCUAGCCGGACCAGUUCGCAAGGUUGCCCUCCUCGAGGAUGCACAGCCAGGUGGCUUGACACGAGAUGAGGUAAGAAGCGCUCUGGCAAGUCUCCCGCGCCUCGCGCAAGACCAAGAUACGGCCACCAAGCAGUGCAGCUUCUUCACCGAGGCUAGCUAUUCGAAUGGAUCCUAUCUGGCACCGGCGUGUCAGUCACACCUGCAGCUUCGCGACCCAGUUCGUUCAGUAGAGGACCUUGGGGAGGCGGCAGAAGCCUCGGCAAACUACGACAUUGGGGGCUAUGACUCCGAUUCUGGGUUUGCCGAGUUCCUAAACAAGCAUUGA